AUGGUUCAUUCAAGAUUUUUCUUAUUUGCUUUCCUUGCUCUCUUCGUUAUACUUGCAGACGUGGUGAGUGAUGGUUCAAUUUGGUCACCCACCAAAGGAACUUCAUUGUGCUGCAAAGAUCACCCUGAAUUCGGAGUAUGUUCUGAUAGAAGUUGCAAGAAGUGGUGUCUUCAAGGUUGUGACAAUAAGAAAGGUGGCUUUUGCAAGAACAAAAUUUGUCAUUGCUACUGCUAA